UGCUGGUUUGAUGUUCUAGAGUUUACAGAAUUACAGUUGUUAUUGUGUAGAUGUGGAUAAGAAUAAUAAUAAUAAGCUCUCUUGAUCUACUUUAGCAGACCAACCAGUGAGAAAUCAGCUGGAUCCCUUAUCUCACUAGAUAUGACUGACAGAGCCUUAAAGGUUGGAAUUGUGGGAUAUGGACAUUUAGGCCAGUUUCUUGUUGAGAAGAUCCAAAAGGAAGGGCCUGAGGCAGGACUGCAGUUAGCAUUUGUUUGGAACCGAAAUGCAGACAAAUUUAGAGAUUCAUUGCCAAAAGAGCUGAUUCUACAUGACCUCUCAGAUUUCACACGCAGAGACACAGAUGUAAUAGUGGAGGUGUGCCAUCCAAUGAUAGUUAAAGAGUUUGGGGUCAGAUUUCUGUCACAUGCUCACUUCCUGGUGGGCAGCCCUUCUGCCCUAUCAGACCCCCAGCUGGAGCAAGAUCUUCGCACUGCUACGAAACAACAUGGGAAAACACUUUAUGUGCCCAGUGGUGCAUUAUGGGGCGGCCAAGAUAUUCAAAAAAUGAAUGACAGUGGAACUUUACGGGCUCUCUCUGUCCGAAUGUCUAAACAUCCCUCUUGCUUUCGGCUGACUGGUGGUCUGCUCUCUGAUUGGAGGGAGGGAGAAGGGAGGCGGGUCUUGUACCACGGCUCAGUAGCAGAGCUCUGCCCCAUCGCCCCAAAUAAUGUGAACACUAUGGCAGCUGCAGCCAUAGCCGCAUCAAAGCUGGGCUUCAAUGGGGUUACCGGAGAAAUCGUUUCAGACACUGCAUUAUCAGACUACCAUAUUGUGGAGGUUGAGGUAACUGGUCCAGAUGGGUUCACAGUGAAAACAGUGAGACAAAACCCCGCCAAACUGGGAGCUGUAACAGGAAAUGCCACAUACAAUUCCUUCUGGAGCAGCUUACUGGUCUGCAAGGGUCAUGGAGGGAGGGUAUAUCUCUGUUGAUAACAGUGGACUGCUGCAGAAAGUGUACAAAUUAACCGAAGAAAAACACACGAUGAGGCACAUGAUGAAUUAAUAAAACAAGUGUAAUAGUAAUAAUGUCGUAGACUUUAAUUUCAGUUUUACAGCUGUGAUAGACAUGACAAAAUCUAACAGUGCUGGUUUAUACUUGUGUAUUACAGUAACAAUGAUGUUCCAGUGUAUUAGUUUAGCUGGUUUGCUUUAGCUACAUCAACUGCUUGUCAUUUAACUUACACUU